AUGCAGUUAACCGAAUAUACUAAUAAGCUACUUAACGAUCCAGAAAAUUUUACCCCAGAUGACUUGAAAGAAGCAAUCACUAUUUUGGUGGAUCAGAUGAGAACUAUUGGUCUAACCACUGUUGAGAACAGCAUCCAUGUGUCCUGUUUCUUGGCUGUAUUGCAAGCGCGUAACAAAGUUUACAAGGCGGAAUACCUUGUUGCCACAAUCGAGGCAAUGAGGAAAACGGCCAACUCCGUUAAGGCUGAAGAUUUGAUCAUAGAGGAGGGAGUGAUAUAUGGUGAUAUCGUUGGUACUGGUGGAGACGGUCACAACACUUUCAAUGUAUCUACGUCGUCAUGUAUAGUUGCAGGUGGUAUUCCAGGUUUGAAAAUAUGCAAGCACGGUAGCAAAGCUAAUACUUCAAGCAGUGGUUCUGGAGACAUCUUAACCGAGCUUGGUUAUGAUGGUUCUAAGGUGGUCCCGGAAACAGUUCCAGGGUUGCUGGCAAAGAACACCUUCAUGUAUAUUUUGGGGCCAAGCUUCCACCCGGGCAUGGCAUGCUUACCAGAAUUGAAAAAGAUUAUGAAGAUUCGUACGAUAUUCAACAUUGUUGGGCCACUCUUCCAUAACUUGGAAAUCCCUAUGUGCAAGGUGCUAGGUGUGUACAGCAAACACGUCGCCGGAGAAUACGCUAGAGCCGCAUCUAUUUUAUGCUCAAACUGUAGGCUCUUUAUUGUCUCUGCCGAUAUUGGAAUUGACGAGGUUUCCACCGAGGGUAAGACUAAUGUCUGGCACUACCACCCUGACAGGAAGACAAUUGAGACCUUUGUGAUCGAACCUGCCGACUUCGGUUUGCAAGAGCACGACAUAAACGAAGUUGUGUCCAACUCUAGUAAGAAAAACGCAGAAACCCUUCUCCGCAUAUUAUCCGGUGAAGUUGAAAAAGGAGAUGCAGUAUAUGACUUCAUCUUAAUGAACACUGCAAUGAUUUACUGUCUAAGUAGAGAUCACCGGAAUUGGAAGGAAGGUGUUGAAGCUGCUGAGACAAGUAUUAAGUCCGGUGCUGCUUUGAAAGCCCUAAACAACGCUAUUAGCAGUUUGGAUGAAAUUAAGACCCCUUAG